GGUUAGAGAGGCCUACUACUGGAGACGGGAGAAGGAGGCUGGGUCCUGCAGGCCUAACGGGGGCGCUGAGGAGGGGGCCCGGUGGGCUGGGAGCCCGAAGUUGGCGAGGCCGGCGGCUGCGGGCCGGCGCGGGAGACCGGGGGCUUGUGUGAACAGCGCUGAAGAGGGAGGGGCCGGGGGAAAGGGACGGCGCCGCGGCGGAGGCCAGCCCAUUUGCCGGGAGCUUUUCUGGCCUCUUGGAAGGUAGAGAAGGUGAUUCAGUUUAUUCUUUCAUCAAAUAUUUAUUGCUUGAAGACAACCCUACACCAGCCUUUGGAGACUCCUGCAUGUGUUUAGAAGGACUGUUGAAGCCUGAAAGUCCCCUCCCCCCCCCCUCCCCCCUUUGCCGCUUUGUGGCAUCCCCCUCCCUGUACCCUUUCCCACUCUGAUAAUCUAGCCAUGACUAGCAGAGGCACAGCCAGGCCCAAUGGGCAGCCCCAGGCCAGCAAAAUAUGCCAGUUCAAAUUGGUCUUGCUGGGUGAAUCUGCAGUGGGGAAGUCUAGCCUGGUAUUACGCUUUGUCAAAGGGCAGUUCCAUGAGUACCAGGAGAGCACCAUUGGAGCGGCCUUCCUCACCCAGUCUGUUUGUCUAGAUGACACAACAGUCAAGUUUGAAAUCUGGGACACAGCUGGGCAGGAGCGGUACCAUAGUUUGGCUCCCAUGUACUACAGAGGUGCCCAGGCUGCAAUUGUGGUUUACGACAUUACUAAUCAGGAAACCUUUGCCCGAGCAAAAACGUGGGUGAAGGAACUGCAGCGACAGGCCAGUCCUAGCAUCGUCAUCGCCCUGGCAGGGAACAAGGCUGACCUGGCAGAUAAGCGUGUGGUGGAGCAUGAGGAGGCCCAGGCGCAUGCAGAUGACAACAGCUUAUUGUUUAUGGAGACGUCAGCCAAGACAGCUAUGAACGUGAACGAUCUCUUCCUGGCAAUAGCUAAGAAGUUGCCAAAGAGUGAACCCCAGAAUCCAGGGGGUGCAUCAGGCCGAAGCCGGGGUGUGGAUCUCCAUGAGCAGUCCCAGCAGAACAAGAGCCCGUGUUGUAGCAACUAAGAGGGUGCUAGCAGCAAACAAGUAUGGAGCUAGAAAGAAAGCUAAGAAGUAACCUCCACCCCUACCCCUCAGCACACAGCCCCUAUGGGAACAGCACACUGAGCCUUGGCUCUCAGGGGCUGCCUCCUGACAGCUCCGUCAUGGCACUUUUUAAUGCUUCAGCAACCAACACCAGGCAGCUGUUGCCAUUGGCCUCCUCCCCCUACACUGGGGCUUGGGGGUCAGAUCCCCCAGGACUUACCUUCCAAAACAAACUUUCUUCACUUUGUAUUAUAGGUGCAAGACAGUGACCUACUUACCUUUCCUCCGCCGCCACCUCCUCCUCCUCCCCAUUUUUUCAGAAAACAUUUUUUGUCUCCUGCCCUUUUCCCUUCUGCUUUUGGUCAGUCUCUGUUCUUGAUCCCCUUUUCCUCCUCUUCCCAGGAUGGAGAAGGUGAUGAAACCAAGAACUGAGGAUGGAGGUUUUUAGUACAGUCACAUUAAGGGCCCUGGGGAGAGUAAGGCUCAGUGCUGGAGGGAGUAAGGACACAUCUCCUGUUUGUUUUUAUUUGGUUGGAGUUGCCCAUAUUUGAAGACACUGCAGUAUCCAUGAGUUGUCCUUGGGGGAUGUUUCUAAGUAGAGAUGAGAAUGGGAAGGCAAGCUCUUGGGUACCAGGUGGGAGUCAUGUUGUUAGCUUACUGGGCAGAGGUAGGGGGGGAGGUGCAGUGUCAUCGGUGGCUCUGAAAUUGUACCAAGGCCUGUUUUCCCCCUUACCCAGCCUCUUAUCUUAGGUAGCUUCUCCCCCACAGUGGGGGAGACUCUUGACCUGGAGUCCUCCAAAGAACCUUCACUGGAUGCCUGCAUCUUUGGCUCUGCUGUGAUCUAAUUAGAGGAGGGACCAGUUUCGGAUACCCAUCCUCUGAUUUAUACAUAUGCAUUUUCUUUUCUCUCUGGCCUUUAGACGGCUUCAGCCCCAGCCACUAUAUCCCCCUGCAGUUUGCACUUUAAUUGAUGGUAGCUCAGUUGGGAUACUUGUUUUAUAGGGGUUUGAUUGGUUUAUCUGCUCCCUCACCUUCUUAAUUAAAUGGAAUCUGAGGCAGUAUGUAUAUGAGUUUUGGGAGGGGCUGUAGAGAGCAGUCAGUGGCAGCUACCCAAACCCAGUCUCCCUUGCUUGCUUCCUCCAGGUCUAAUCCUUAACCUGUAUUCUUGCCAACCUAGCUCUCCAGUAUAGGUUUGCCUUUCCUGGGGAAUCAACUGAGCACCUGGAGAGUGGUCUCGGAUAGCACAGGCCAUCACAGGGGAGUGAAAGCGUCAGGCAAGAGGGAGGUGUUUUUUAUCCUUUCCUAGGGUUCACAUUCAAUUUGAUCUGCCCUUUACCAUGUCUUUUCUACUUCCCUGUAAAUAGGUAUGAUCUUUAUUCCCACUGUACAGUCUUUUCUGUCCCCUCCCUGCCAUCAGGGACUAUUUCUUUUCUCUUUGUUAGUAUCUUCAGUUUAGUGCCUCCAUCCAUAUCCCCAUAUCCACCCACCCCCAUGCAACCAGUGGUUGAAUCCAUAUACCACUAGGGGCUAGUACCACAGAGGCCUACUUAUGGCCCCUUCAUGUCCUAACACCUGACAACUGGCAGUGAAGGUCCUUCACAGCUGUCUCCCAUCACCAGGGUACCUUGGUCCUUUUUAAAUCUCUAGCCUUUUUUCACAUCCCUGAUUAGGUGUUUUAGGAUGUCAUUGGGAAGCCAUCAAGGCAAGAGAAUUUUAAACUUGUUCUAGCCCAUAGUUUUGAGAAACUAGAGGGAAGUGAGAUCAGAAAGGUCACAGUUACUUAAGAUUGGAACCUUUCCACCCUUUAGGCUUGUAGACUGCCUUCUUUCCCAGAGCCUCUGUGAAAUCUAUGAAACUGAAAUUCUGAAGGACCCAGCUUAGGUUCUUCCACUUAGAUCUCAAUUCUCUUCCUUCUCCAGGGACAGCCUUAGUCCCCAAGGCCCUGAGACACACACACAUUUCUCCCUUCCUUUCCUAGCCCCCAAAAGCAACCAGUGCAUCCUUACAAGUGGAAGAACUAGGAUGGCUUUCUUAAGUCUCUUAGAAAUGAAGUUCUUGCUCUGUGCAGCUUUCUGUGGAAACAGGAGUAAAAAUGUUUCAUUGCCUUGGGGCUCGGAAGCCAUUUCCCCAGGCUGCUUCUCUCUCCGCCCCCAUGAGGAACAGGAUUGGCCUUAGCUUCUGGGCCUGUCUGCUGCCUUCCUUUGUUCUCACCAGCUCUGCGGCCUUCCUUUGAGCUCUGUUCGGCUUGGAGAUACUUAGUUUUUAUUUACAGCUUUUCUUUUUUCUUCUUCUCAUCACUUUCUUUUUUUUUUGCCAGGGUUGCGGGGGCAGUUUUUGUUUUGGGGUUUUUUUUUUGUUUGUUUAUAAGAAAGCAUUUGCCUUUUCCCCCCUUUCUUCCUCCUCUCCUAACAUAACAAUUGUGGUAACAUAAUGUGACUGCUGAUUUACCGAUGUAUUUAAUGUAAGUAAAAAAGGAAAAAAAUGUA